AUGGGUUGCCUGGUAUCGACCCCGGCUGACGCCGGAGCUCGCAGGAGAAGGCUAAAGAAUAUGGGGGAGGUGGCGGUGUUCUUCUCAGGGCUGCGCAUCCCCAAGGGCGUUGACUUCUCACCCCUGCUUCAACAUGGCGUCCCCAAGAGCUUGGUGGAUCGCCUUUCCGAUCUGCGAACUCGGGUCGCCGUCAUGGUCGCACAGGAAGCUCCGGCCGCCAUCAAGCCGAGCCGGAAAACUGCCACAAGACAAGGUUGCUUGCCGGGAAGAGUAAAAAGUUUCUUACAGACCACGACGGAUAGGAGACGUGAAAUCUGAUACAAGAGCGAAUUCUGAAUGCAGGCGCUGGUUUUCCGCAGGCUGACAUCCUCCAAGCUCUCGAGGAAUAUCUACCGGUUCUUCUGGGUUUAGCUAAAGAUGGUGAGCUCCGAUAUUUCAGGACACGAUCAAUUAUACCUUUUGUAGGUUUCUCAGCUCCUUUCUUUGAUUCUCGAUGGUCGCUUGAAUUUUGUUCUUCUUACAGGAACCGAGAUUGUGCACCAGGUGGAAUUCUCGUGGGUCAACCAGGUUGAUGAUGCCGAGGUCAUCCUGGUCAACCAAGCUGCGCUCCCCUCACCCCUCCACCCCCCCAAAUCUCUCUCUCUCUCUCUCUCGCUCGCUCGCUCGCUUUAUUCGUGGUGAAUUUCUUCUCUGGGUUGACGCAAGCUAUGAACUUUGCAGGAGACCGCCAUGGCAAAUGCCUGGUACGAAGUGCUAUCAGUUCUCCAUCUGAUGGCCAUGCUGUGCCUACUGGAGGCCAAUCGGCUGCUUCUCCCUAGACCAGGCGCUGACCGCAUCCAGCCAAAGAUAUUAGAAGGUGGGGAUCAUUUAUCAGAAUAACAAUAAUUUUAAUUUUUGUAAUAAUAUUAAUAAUUGUUGUUAUUAUUAUUAUUCUAGCCAAAUACGUGGGGCCAAUUCUCGCAGAAAACAGACGGACUUCCAUUGAUGUCUUCUUGAAGGCAGCUGGGUACCUGGAUUUUGCUAUCCAGCACGUCCUCCCUCGUCUACCUCUUCAACUCAGGUCAACCAUCUACCCCUCCAAAUAAGUUUAUUUAUUUAUUUAUUUUAUGUCAUGGAAUUUCCGAUUUCAAUAUUCUUACAUUUUCUUAAAUGCCAAUUAUUCAGGGGAGAUCUUCCUCUUGAUCUAGCAGAGGUGAUGCUAAGAGCGCUCUGCCAACAGGCCCUGGGACAGGUACCCCGUUUCCCUCUGUCAAUCAAUUUACUGGACGAUAUGCAAUGUGCUACCACGGGCUUUUCAUCAUUUUCUCUCUCUAACUCUAUGAGAUUACAUCCCUUUUUCUCUCUCUAAAAGAUGCAUAAGACAUGCUCACUAAAAUAAUUCGAAUGAAUGCACACAGAUAUUAAGAGCAUGAAUAAACAAUUAAUCAUGAAAAAUAUUUCCCUCUCUUAUUGACAUGUUCAAUUUUCCUGAAAGUUAUUAUCGUUAAAGAAGAAAUGAAAAGCAGAAAUCCGGCACUGGGUCAAGAUGCAAAUAGAAAAAAGUCCACCCUUCCCCUCUGAAACAGCAAGAUGAACACUUUCCAGCCAGUCGUUGACUUUCCCUCUCCGAUGAUUCUUGAUGAAGGGUGUUGACAUCCAACUGGGAAUGGCCAUCGACAGCCCGAAGGCUACUCUGGCAGUGAAACGGAGGUUUGCAUGCGAAAUGGUGAAGUAUUGGAAUCAGGUAUCAUAGCUCACUAACUCCAUAUUUUCUUUAUCCGCUCCUAAUAAUGGGCUUUAAAUCCGAUUUUACCAAGAAAAAUGUCUCUCCCUUCACCUGAAAUUAUUUUAUCACAGGCUCUUGAUAGUGUGACGCAGAUCCCAUCUACUAAUGGCUGGGGAGUAAAACAACGGCUGUAUAUCAGGUGGAAAUAUGUUGAGGCCAAGGUAGAACUUUCCACUCUCUAUUUUUAGCAUGCACUAUCUUAAUGAGGAAAAAUAUAAACGAUCAAGCCAUCUAAUAUCUAUAUAUAUAUAUAUAUAUAUAUCUAUAUAUAUAUAUCCAUAUCUCAUUCUACGUCAUAUGGAAACAAAAACUAUCAUCAUCAAAGUCAACUCUAAUUUGCAUGAAUCUUCGGAAUCAAAUAAAAGUCCUGGAAGCAAAAGAAGAAGAAGCAGAAGAAGAAGAAGAAGAAGAAGAAGAAGAAGAAGAAGAAGAAGCAAUGAGAGUAUAGAAAUGAUGGGAAUAUAUAUCUACUCACCAAACAUGGCUUCUAUCUGGCAGGCGGCCGCUUACUACUACCAUGGUCUUAUCCUCAACGAGGGGAGCGAAGUGAAGUCCCACGGAUUAGCUGUGGCCGCCCUGCAGACAGCGGAGGGGUUCCUCAGAGAAAGCAAAAGGGCCUGUGAAGCAUUCAACUCGGCACCUCCGAUGUCAAGGUUACCUAAAUAAGGAAGAGAAACCCAGAUCAUAAGCCGUCUUCAUAUGGUGGCCCCAGUAUUCCCUCACAUUUAGGGAAAUAAAUCUCGACGACCCAGCUAGCUAGCAAAGAUUUCCCAUUUUCAUAAGUCAGACAUUGAUGUUCUUCUACAUAUCCUGGGAGGUAAGCAUGCUAUUGACCCUGCAGGACGCCUCCUUCGUUGCCAUUUAUGAAGCAUUUAGCAGAGAAAAUCACCGAGGAUGCUUCCCGCGCGUUGCAGACUGCCGCCGGCCUCCGUGUUCUCCACAAGUAAGCCACAUGAACUAUGUACAACUCUUUCUAAAGCAGUACAUAUAUAUUCAUAUAUAUUGAAUGCGUGCUCUAAUGAUGGGAGCGCAAGGAAAUGAAGGGUUUGAGGAAGGAAUACUCGGUCUUGGUGCUGGUUUCCUGUUAUGGUUCUUCUGAUUCCUGGAACCAAAUUGUUUUGCCGAGCAAUCGGUCUCCGAUUACCCUCCUCUGUCGUCCCGGGUCCUGCGAAAGCCUCUGAUGUGUUUCGCCGGCGCAGGUGUCCGGAGAAGGCGCCGCCGCUGCUGCCCGACUUCGUGCCGGCGCUGACGCCUGACGAAUACCAGCUUCCGCCGCCGGACCCCGCCUGGGGGGAGGAGGGCGAGCAUCGUCGACACAGAUAA